UCGUCGCCACCCGGGGAGUCGCUGGCCAGCUGCCUGGAGAAUCUGCGCACGGGCAACACCACGCUGCUCUCCCUGCAGCGGAUCCGCGAAGCCUCCAUGUGUUUCCACAAGCGGCCGGGCCGGCAGCGGCGGCGGCGGCAGGGGGGCGGCGGCCGCGGCGGCGGCGGCAGCGGCCUGCGGCGGCGGCGGGGGCGGGCGGGGGCGGCGGCGGCGGCGGCGGGGGCGGAGGCGUGGCCAACGGCAGCCCUGCGCAGCGCGUCGCCCGCGCCCAGCGGCCCCGACUACGGCGACAGCCUGCGCAGGCGCAAGGUGCACCGCUGCGACGUGGCCGGCUGCGACAAGGUGUACACCAAGAGCUCCCACCUCAAGGCGCACAAGAGGACGCACACGGGUGAGAAGCCGUACCAGUGCACGUGGGAGGGCUGCACGUGGAAGUUCGCGCGUUCGGACGAGCUGACGCGCCACUACCGCAAGCACACGGGCCAGAAGCCCUUCAAGUGCCACCUGUGCCAGCGGUCCUUCUCGCGCUCCGACCACCUGUCGCUGCACAUGAAGCGCCACUGACGGCGCGGCCUCGCGGCCUCACAGCCGGCUCCCCGCGACCGCCCGCCGGGCUAGGCCACGCCCCCUCGCUNNNNGCCCCCCUCGCCCCCUCCCCGGGUCCUUCCACGCCCCUGCGCCCGCUGCGACGCCUGCGGUCGCUGCUGCUGCAUCGUCGUCUUCGACAGCUGUGAUAAAAUGGCAGUGACAGUGAUAACGGCGAGGCCGUCGUCUUCACCAGCCCCAACGUCGACGGCCUCCGUUUCACAGGCGCGGCAGUGAGCUUGUGCGUGCAGGUUUCGUGGGUUGCACUUGGUCGAAAUCCCUUUAAUAACGUUUUGUUCCCUCUCUGAUAAGUUCCCUGUGUUGAAAAUAGGGGAAACUAAUUUAUUGUUGUUGAAAUUGAUUGAAACAUGGCCAGUUGUUAGAGUUACUCGUGAAUAUGAUAAACAGAAACAUUUUUACUGAAAAGCAAUGUAAGGUUUGACAUGGCACAAUGCCGUUUUGUUAUGCAGUAAUGUAGAUAAAUAUGAUGAGAUAUGAUUCAUCACAAAACUUGCAUCAAAAUUCCUGUUUAUUAGAUCUGGAAGAUCAACAGUGCACUGUCAGAUUAUUUUUUUAUUCUGAAUUUUAAUGAUCUAUUUUCAAUAAUCAUGUCACCACUGUUGAAAUUUGAAGUCCAAAGUCAGCUUCCAUUCAAUUGUUCUUGUUAGAUCAAUUGAUGAUUUGGUAGCAAAUAAGGUUGUGUGUGAAUUGUUUAUAAAUUUAGAACUUUUUUUUUGUGGAAUCUCACUAUUCAUCUCUGUUGAUGAUACAUUCCAAUAAUAAUUGCCAGUCUUCCAUGUACAAUUCUCCUUCAAAAAGGAAAAGAUGAAUACAGAAUGUAACUUAUUGUAUUGUGGUAAAACAAAUAUAGUAUUUAUAUUGUACAUAAAGCCCACUAUUUUUAUACUCAUAAUUUGGAUACAUAGUAUAGAUAUAAGAGGGGGACCAUUCUUACUUUCAUGAUCUAAAAAUCUAUGUAAGGUGACUACAAAAAGGAAAGUUUGUGGUGCUGAGUAAAGAAGUUUCAAAAUAACAUCAAUUGUGCAUAAAUGAGCAUGAUAUAUCUCCUCAUUGCUUCAUGCAAGUUUAUCAUUGGUUUGUUUGAUACUUUGAUCCAUUAGCAGAAUUUGACAAAAAUAAAAUUUACUUACAAUAUAUAUUUCCUCCAUAGAAAUAUAAAAAUUACUUACACAGUUUUGCACAUCAUAAAGAAUGAAAGGAAAUGCAUAUUGAUCUGUAUUGAUUAAAAAAAUAAGUACCAUGUUGUACUUUUUCACUUAGUAGUAUUGAUAUUUUGCAAAUUAAAAAAAACAUUGUUCAGUCAACCAUAAUUUUAUUUUUAACUUAAAGAUUUAACAGGAAGCAUAGAAAAUCUCACAAAAAGAGUAUAUUUGAUCUAUUUUUAUCUUAAAAGAUUUUUGGAAAUAUAAAUGAUUUGUUGAAUUCAACCUAGUUAUUUUGCAACAAGGAAUGAUAUUCUGUUAGUUUGGUCAGUUGUUCUUAUUAUAGAAUGAAGCAUUAGCACAUACUAUUUAUGAAACGCAUUUUCUUCAAAUACUUAUACAAAAAGUGUACUUACAUUUCCUAUAAAAUGUUAAUUACAUUUCAAUGGAUUAAACGGGCAACAUUAAUGACUAUGAUGUCAGCUAUUCUUAGUGAAACCAGUUUUUAUAAUCAUUUAUUCAACUUGCACUCACACAUGAGUCAGUUAAGACCUUAUUUUGUGUUAUUUCACAGACUUGUAUUACAUGUGCAGUAUUAACCUUUUUCACCAAAAUUUUACAGCAGUAAUGUUUCAACAAAUUGUUCUUUGCGGUAAUUGAGUUGCUUACGUAGUUUUAGAUAUACCUUUGCUUUUGAAACAAAUUUUGCUUUGCUGAGACAAUGUUAGCCUCUGUUAUGAACUAUGCAUGAACACUGACUGUGAUAUCUGCUUCUGGUGAUGUCAAAACUGUUGGUCACCUUACAUCUAGGAUAUGUAAACCUAGACCCCGCUCAAAUAAAAGUUUAAUGCUGUUCUUAUGUAAGCAAUUCUCAAGUAUUAUUGGAAGCCAGUAUGUGCAGUUGCAUAUUGCACAAACCCAAAGGUCAGUGUUUCAAGUUUAGAGUCUUGCAUGCAAGGAGCUUAUGCAAUUACUGAUAUAUAUACCAUACAAUUUUGAGAUUGCAUAAAUAUAUAUACUUUUUUGACUUAUUGUAUAGUCAUACGCAUUGGCAGUGCUUUCUAUAGUCUUGUUUUCCCUUGUCAUGAUCAAAACUUUAUUGCAGAUAAAUGCUUUAAAAGUAGUUGGCUGAUGUACUAUAUAGAGUAUGCUUAACUCCAUGAAAUGUUAAAAACAAAGAAUGAAAUGUGUAGUUGUUGAUAUCAGUUUAUAGGUUUAUCUGCAGGUUCAUGAUACAAGGGUCAAUGUUCGUGAGUACUAUGUUCAAAGAAGAUCAUCAGUUAAAUGAUGAAUUGUAGCCCCACAGGCAAAAGAAAGAAGACUAAAAUUUGAUAACGGAGACCUGCAGACUGAUUAACAAACACAAUUAACUGAAUUCAACAUUGACAGUAACAGCGAUUGCCUCAGGUGGGAUAUUCUAAAUAGUUCAUUAUACCUAUGUAAGAUACGAUUGAAGGAAGUAUAAGUUAUUUUGAAUGUCUACUUCCAAUUUGAAUUGCACUGUGGAAGAGCGGUAAAACUAUAUCAAGUCUGAAUUUCGUGAAAUUUAGUUCAAACGUCUUCUUAAGUUAAGAAAUAAUUUAUUGAAUUCUAGAUGAAUGUAAAUAGUGUUUAAUACUAGAAUUUACACUGUACAUAUUAAAAUAUUCUUUUAAUCUGUGGUUUUAAGAUGUACAAAGUUGUAUUUCAGAAUAAUUGAUAUACUAUCACAGUGAGAGGUGUCCAAUGGCAUUUAACUGUCUGAGUAAUGAUAUGAAAACAUAAAUUAAUGUUUCAUAUCUAUGAUCAAAACUUUAAUUAAACAUAGUGAAAUAUGUUUUCAUAACUUUGGUGAGACAGGCAGUUCAUUGUGAGUGCCACAAUCUUAAAAUAAGCUUUUAAAUCUAAUAGUGGCUUUAUUCAUAGUGCCUUCUGUUGCCAGAUUGCUUGUUGGUCAUUGGACUACCUUCACCAUGUGAGUGCCAGGCAGAAACUCAAUCAAGAAAACAUGAAUUUGUGUCAUAAUUCUUUAACACUUUUUCAAUUCACAGGUAUAGAGUGGAAGAUGGCGGUAAUUUUUCCUUCUGAAUUAAAGUCGUGAACUUCCAGAAAUAUUCUUUAAAUGGAAAGCACUUUGUUGAAAUUGAAAAAUAUCUCUCUCACAAUUCACAAUUUUUUGAAGAUGUAUGACAAAUAUUAAUAUUGAGAAUGUGAUCUUGAUUGAACUUUCUGUGGGUUGGUGCUGCAAAAUACUUUCCGUCCGGAUGUCAGAUGAAGGCCAGUUGAGUGAUGUGUGUGAUGCACUUCACAUGUGUUGCGAUUGCUUGGUGGGUAGCAGUGGCUAAUUUCUAAUGUUCUUUUCAGAAUUUUUUAAACAUUUUUCACAUCUGUGAACAUUUACAUGACAAAUGGGGUAGUAGAAGUAGUUUCUAUUAGUAGACUAACCCAUACCCUUUCAUUUCUUUCUCAUUAAAGACAAUAGUAAUCUAGUGUAUUAAAAUGAUGUUUGUGCUGCUUGAGAAAAUCAAAUGAAGUAGCAAAGUGAGAGGAUCUGCACACCCACUUUAAAUUAUUUUGUGGUGGAAUGCCAAGUUACAAUGGAAAGAGGAAAAUGACAUGCAUCAACUUACCCUUAUCUCUGCUUACCCACCUUGUUAUGUUGUUACUUUAUGUGGUCAGUAUAAAACUUUAAAUGUUACUUGAUAAUUUAUUUUUCUCUUAAUUUUUUUCUCCUUGUAGUUGAUUGUACAUAGCAUAAAUGAGGUAUUAUCUUUGUUCUAGAUAUAUGGGUGCAUUCUUGUUUUUAUUUUUGUGUAUAUUCUAGGAAAGGACUAUUAGGUUGUAAAUGGUGUGAUGUAUAUUUCCAUGGAGUUCAUCUCCACCCUGACACAUUCCACAAUUUUAGUUUGAAUGAUAUGGGUGAGAGAAGCGAGUCUUUUCCCUGAUGUCGUUAAUUGUUACUGAUUUGUCAAUGGUGCCUUUUGGUUUGUGAGGUUCUGGGUCUUAACUGACGCUCACCAAUAGGCUCAUUUAUAAAAUGUUAUUGUUAAUAUUUUACCUCAUCAUAAAUAUUAUACAAAGAGAACCACACGAGUGAUAUACUUGCAAAGAGCAAUAAAAUGUAAGAACCACAAUAAAAUUGUAUAUCACACUGACAGAAAGCAAUAAAUUCAUUUUAUUAUCUUUUAA